GAAACUUUUGAAAUAUUACUUUGCUUGGACAUCAAUGGAAAUAGGAACAGAUUGUAAAAAUUUAGCUUUCUUUGCAAUGAAAAAGGAAACCUUUGCCUACGCCUAUAUGUCCAUACUUAUUAAUUGGCUUUCAUUUUGAGUAACACAUUUCAGAACAUUGAACAGGAGUUAAGAAGAGGUGAUAGAAACCCCCCAGAGAGAAGCCAAAAGGCAAGGAAGCGUAUGAAAGCUCAAAAGACAAGCAAAAUCAAGGUUCUUCCUUGGGCCAAAAUGAAUCCAAUUGUAUCUGACCCCUGUCUUCUCUCUAUGCAAUUUAUUUCACAGCACUCUUGGUUUUGCAUCAGUUGAUCAACCUUGGCAAGGAACAGCACAGGUGGGCCAUUGGUAUCCAUAUAAUUUGCCAACUUGUCCAUGUGAGAUUAUACCCUUCCAUUCAGGGAGAAAAAGGCACAUGAAGCUGCAUGAGAAUGGGAUUGAUAUUGUUGUGAGAAACCUUUUUGAUUGAUUCCAGACUUCCAUCCAAUUCUUUUUGAGUUUCAUUAUAAAUCAGGGUUCAACAUGGAAACAACUUGAAAACACAGGAAUGUCAGCGUGAGAGAUUCUUUGCUUUCAUCAAAAGCUGCAUGGAAUUUAUACAUUCCCUGAAUUGUGUCAGUCUUUUCAGGAAUCAUGGCUAAAGGCACCAGAAAACUUUCUUAAUCUCCGAGCUUUUUGUUCCAAUCAUCAGCCAAUGGAUCUUGUCUCAUUGAAAAUCAAACAGUUUCCACAGGAAAGAAAAGCAGGAGAAUCAGACUAGACAUGGCUGCAGAGGCUUUGCAUGAUUGAAAAUUUAAUUAAUCACAGGAGGGAGGACUUAAUUCAAUCGGUUCGAGCAGCUACCUUUGUAAUAUUCAACAGAAUGAGGGUUGCUGCUCCAGGAAGAGGAACGCAGAAGCAAUACUAGAGGAAGAAUAGCAGAAUCAUUCAAAGGAGGUACCAAUUUACGUAUUUUACAGUGCUAGAACCUCCUUAUUUCUAUUGACGAUCCAACAUUUUUUUUUUCAAGUACCCGCUUAUAAUACAUACAUAUAUAUAUAUAUGUAUAUAUGUAUAUAUAUACCAUGGAUUUACAAAUUUAUUGACGGAAAGGGUAUCCAGACAGAAAUUUUGAUGAACGUACCAUCAACACACUUGAAGAAGACAAAGCACAACAUAGGAUCAAGAAAGAGAGAUCAAGACAAGGUACCACCAUAACAAGGAUGCGAAUUUCUGAUAGGGUAACUAGGCUAUACUAUAGCAAGGAAGUCAAAAUCGCGGAUAAUAAUCAAAAGUACUAGACACUGCCUAGUAAUAGUUUUUGCAAGAUCUUUGUUAAAACUAAUGCAACAUUCAUGUCAUCGAAUUCUUAAUCCACAUAAUUUAGAACUCAUUUGGAUUCCAGAGCGGUGGAAUCCAAGGGGUUUUGGCUCCUAACUAGAAGGAUAAGGGUCCAAUGAACCAUUAGAUCCAGAAGUGGACUGUCUUAAUGUAAAAUUGAAAUAUAAGAAAACUUUUAAUUAUGGCAGUCGAUUGUUUUUGGUGGGACAGUUCACUAUCAUAUCCAAUCUUACCAACACUUCUGUGUUUGCGUCCAAAUAUAUAUCCUCAUCAUUGAUUUUAAUCUCACUAUUAUAAUAACUAAUCUUACAUAUCUAAUAUCAUCGCCACCCAUAUUUUUAAUAUCACCGUAGUCUAUCUCACGGUGAACCUUAUUUUCAAAAACCCUUCAAGUUGAACAAGUUUUGUCAGAGAAUAAGAAUGAAUUAUUAUUAUUUUCGUUUUAUUUUCCUCAGGUGAAACUUCCAGCAGAAACUCAAUGGAACAGGUUUAUAGCAGACAAGAGAGCACUUUACCAACUAGCAAACCUGGUCGUUCAUCCUCUGCAAGGCCUAUGACCAUGGAAGUUGGAGACCGAAGGUGGAAGGGAAAUUAUUCCCAACUAAAUGUUUUGGAAACCAAAGCAGAUGCUUGGGAGAAAGCAGAGAUGGAAAAAGUCAACAAAUGGUAUGAGAAAAUGAAAGCAUCAAUUCUUGCCAGGGAGAAUGAAAAAAAGCUGCAAGCCAAAGUUAAGAUGGACAGGAAAAAGAAAGAAUUGGAGCAGAAAAUAAAAAGGACCCAAGAACUUUACCAGGUCAAUAUAGCAAGAAUUGAUCAUAUUGCUGGUGGAGCAAGAGCACAGGUAGAUGAGAAAAGAAGAAAUGAUGAAUUGCAGAUCAAACGAAAAGCAAGGAAAAUACGAGCAUCAGGAAAGGUUCCUGUUACAUGUUUCUUUUUCCGAAUGACAUGAAAAACUAAAGACAUUUCAAUCAGGAACAUAAUCAACUCUUUUAAGUUGGAUAAAAUGCAUUUGGCAACUCAAAAGUUAAUCAUGGUGAGAACAUGAUAUAUCUACAAUAUUUCCAUGAAUUAGCCAGCAAACAUAAAAUGUGUACAUUCUUCCCUGAGCUGUGUACACAAUUGUAUAUAGAUAAUACCUAAAAUGUUGAACACAGUAACAAUUCAGAUGAAUGAUUGGCAUGUCUAUAUCCUCUAGCACUUUUCAUUUAUAAGUUACAAAACUUUUAAUGUUUAAAAUAAGUUGAGAGCUAGUUUUAACAAUGAAAGCAUGCGGCAGAAAUUGUGGUUUAUGUAGCUGCCUGUAAUUCUUAGUUAAGGGAACAAAUGUUGGUUCUGAAUUCUCAGGAUCUCUCCAAAACAUGCAGCAUAAAAACCAACACCUAAAGGGAGUGACACAAUCUUUUCCCUUGCCCAUCCUUGAGACAAAAGACUCAGGUCCAAAAAUCUCUAUCUACCUUAAUGACUGGUUCCGGUUAUUGGCUACCUGUGGGAAUUUUCAACCACUACUAAAAGAUUCCUCAUGGGGAUGCUGAUUGAAAUUUGCCAAUCUGACCAUUUCUUUCGCAGUGUUAAUGCUUUUUGAGGGUAAGUGAGAAGGAGCAAGGGCAAUAGGGUACCUC